AUGCCUGGCGUAGGACAUAAGUUCGAACGCCAAGCGUCAGUCACGCAACAGCGUCGACUGUCGCUACAGUUCGAGCGCAACGCUUGGUUAGGGCCGCCAUCAAAUACUAUCUACGCUGGUAUAUCCGGCAAGUUUGACGAUCACGGUACAUCAACAAUAGCAAUUGCAGUUCGCGAUACCACAUAUCUACUGGACUUCAUCGAGAAAGAGUUCUCAGACAGUCACGCAUCCGAAGAUGAAGUCAUCGAAUUCAUCAUUUCCAAGUCGAAGCAGUAUACUAUGGACCAUAUGGAGAAACUUAUCGGGAUAUCAAUGCCUGAAGAUGUUGCACGACACUGCCCUCGACUAUGCCCUCGCCUUUGGGCGGAGCUCGAUAUUGUUCCAUUGGUCCUGUCGAACGUGUCACUAAUAGACAGAAUGAGCGUCGAACAGGUUGGCGAGCCUCAAACUCAGCCAAUAAAUGGGUGGGAUGCAAAGACAAUUGAUGAGCAGGCUGAAUCCAUGGCACGAAAAGGUGUUAGACUAUUUGGGCCGGAAAACACACCCCUUCUACAAGUGGGCUUCCUCGGUCUCGUAGAAGUGGAUACAGCCUUCCAUGUGAGACUUGCGGACCUGAGUGAUUUCAAGAAAACAGUUUCGGAUAGAACAUGGUCCGCAGUGCAACACUAUGCCACUGAUUUGAAAGAGCGCAAGGUCAAAGUGGCAUUUUUCAGUGCCACGCCUCAGGGUGGUGGCGUGGCUUUGAUGCGGCAUGCUCUUAUGCGAUUUUCGCACUGUCUGGGUACUGACAUGAAAUGGUACGUCCCGAAACCACGACCGGGUGUCUUCAGGAUAACAAAAACGAACCACAAUAUCCUGCAAGGCGUCGCCCAUAAGAGCGAGCGCUUAACCCCACAGAACAAAAAACUCCUGCAGGAGUGGAUUGAGGAGAAUGCUAGGCGAUAUUGGACUCGACUAGGUGGACCUUUGCUUCCACCAUCAGAAGGGGGUGCCGAUGUCAUAGUCAUCGAUGACCCCCAGAUGCCAGGCCUUAUCCCCAUCGCAAAGGCACUAGCUCCAGAUCGACCAAUCAUCUUCCGAAGCCAUAUCCAAAUCCGAAGUGACCUGGUUGCGAUACCUGGGUCUCCACAGGCGGAGGCCUGGGAAUUCCUUUGGGAUAGUAUCAAACACGCCGACUGUUUCAUCAGCCACCCUGUGAGCGCCUUCGUGCCGCGGAAUGUGCCCGCAGAUAUGGUGGGCUAUAUGCCUGCAUCAACUGACUGGCUGGAUGGGCUGAACAAAAACAUGCGGGACUGGGACGUGGCGCACUAUGGCCGUAUCUUCAAUUCAGCCUGUCGCAACGCGGAUAUGCCAACUAUCCAAUGGCCCGAGGAUUCAUAUAUCGUACAGAUCGCACGAUUCGACCCGUCAAAGGGUAUCGUGGAUGUGUUGGUUUCAUACGAGAAAUUCUACAACAAACUAGUAGCCGAAGUGCCUCAUGUGGUCCCUCCCAAGCUAUUGAUUUGCGGACACGGAUCAGUGGAUGAUCCUGAUGGGGCGGAAAUCUACGACGCGACAAUCGACUAUGUGGACAGAAAGAUCCCAGAUAUCCGCCACCUGAUCUGCGUAAUGCGGGUGCGGCCCUGCGACCAAGUUCUGAACGCCAUUCUCUCCAAGGCGACAGUUGCACUCCAAUUAUCUACAUCCGAAGGGUUCGAGGUGAAGGUCUCCGAGGCGAUCCACAAGGGCAAACCAGUGAUCGCUACGCGUGCCGGCGGCAUCCCGCUGCAGGUGACGAACGGGAAGAAUGGGUUCCUGGUUGAUGUUGGCGAUACCGAUGCUGUGGCGCAACACUUGUUUGAGCUCUGGACGGAUCAGGAUCUGUACAAUCGCAUGUCGGAGUAUGGAAUCAACAAUGUCAGCGAUGAAGUGAGUACCGUGGGAAAUGCUCUCGAUUGGCUUUAUCUCUGCACCAAGUUGUCUCGUGGCGAGCCUGUUCGACCCAACGGACGCUGGAUCGAUGAUAUGGCGUUUGAAGAGAUUGGCCUUCCGCAGAAAGAUAGUGAGCUGCGGCUCACACGCGCAGUUAAGGUGGAGAAUAUGGGGUGA